CUGAGUCCCACACAACUGCAUAUACAGCGAAAGGAACGUGGCACUCCCCUUUGUCCGACGUCCCCUCUCGCACCCAUCAGCACACACAUUCUAUUGCAGAAUGGUCUCUGAGGAGGACCGUCGUCGUUGUGACCCAUUCCACAUCCCCGACCAACUGCCCGAAGAGCAGAAAGAGGCAUUGCGCCGAGACCCUGGUCAUUGUGGCGUCCAGGCAUGGACUCUGACCGGCUCCCCAAUCGUCGAUGGCAAGUACUACGACUUCGAGACACGCACGCUGCGCGAGAUCCAACCGGGCGAAAGCGUCAGGUCCGGCCCUCCUUCAAUCGACGUCUACUGGCACAACCUGUGUCUCACGGGCAAGCCCGACCAGUUCUUCCAGUUCCGCAAGACGUACAGCGGCGGCGACGCCAUUUCCUACGUGACGAGGCUGGGCGCCUUCCUGGGAAAGGGUAACUGCGAGCUGUUCUCGCUGAACGUGACGACGUAUUCCGUUGUUGUCGUGGUCAUGACGGAGCUCUCGAGGAAUGACAUGAUGGAGCAGGUAUGUGCAUGCGGGCUGUGACGACGAUGCAGGCACGCAGAGGGUCGGAUGCUGCGAGGCUAAGGUAGACAGUGGAGAGUUAGCAGCUCGUAGUAUCAAAGACAGAUAAUUUAGAGUUCAC